AUGGUUCUCGCUUCGCUUCUCGUGGGUGCGCCUCACACGACACCGAUGACGACGGAGUCGAACACCGCUGGCAGGGCCAAUAAGCGCCAGUCGCUCGUACUUGGGGACCCAAGCUACCUCAAGGUGAACAGCAACGAGCUCCCGCGGGGCGUCGUAUCGCGAUCGCGGUGGUGUCACUUUGGUCUUGGUGGUGAUCGUUCGUCGAUAGGCUUUGUUGUCUGUUGACAUGGCCAACGCCGAUCGUUUCGCGACUCCCGCGUCUGCGCCUCGACCUU